AAUUAUACACCUCUUUCUCUCUCCUCCCAACAUUUUUUUGACUCCUUCCAGUAGCUGAAGGACCCAUUUUUUUUACUCACUGUUGAUACUUCAAAAAAAUUAAAAAAUAAAUAAAUUCUCUCCUUUUCUUUUUCUUUUUCAUUUUCUUUCUCUCUCCUCUCAAUUCUUCCCCAAAUUCUUUGAUACUCUCCACUUGCCCCGAAUUUCUUCUCUUACGAAACCCUAACUUCAUUCAUAUUCUCAUCUUCUGCUUCAUCGAUCGAAUUUUAACCCUAAUUUUCUGCUUUUUGCUGUAAAUUUGUACUAUCCAUUUCUAAUAUUUUUUCCAGUGAUUCUUUUUUUUUGUUACAAAUUUCUCCAUUUUUGAGCUGUAAUUUGAAUGAAUCUGAAGCUCAGUGAACUGUUUGAAGCACAAAAUGUGAGUGUUUUGAUGACUGAUUUUGAGUAGAAUUACUAUGGCGGAAUUUGCGGUUUUAGAGAGAGAAAGUGGUCGGUGAAUGGUGAUUACUGUUGUUGGAGGUAGACUACCAUGAAUGCCGAUCAAGCUAGAGCUGGACCUGUGGAGAGAGAUAUUGAGUUGGCAAUCACUGCUCUGAAAAAGGGAACAAAUUUACUGAAGUACGGGCGUAGAGGAAAGCCGAAGUUCUGCCCAUUUAGAUUGUCUAAUGAUGAAUCUGUUCUAGUAUGGUACUCUGGGAAUGAGGAGAAACAUCUAAAGCUCAGUCAUGUUUCCAGAAUAAUUCCUGGACAGCGCACGCCUAUUUUUCAGAGAUAUCCUCGACCUGAGAAGGAAUAUCAGUCAUUUUCUCUUAUAUACAGUGAUCGUUCUUUGGAUGUGAUUUGUAAGGAUAAAGAUGAAGCUGAAGUCUGGUUUACUGGCCUAAAAGCACUAAUAUCACGCUAUCAUCGAAGGCCAAGAGUAGAUCCAAGAAGUGGACUUUCGUCUGAAGCAAAUAGUCCAAAAGCUCAAACCCAGAGGAGUUCUCCCUUAAGCUCUCCCUUUGGUAGUGGUGAUGGUUCACAAAAGGAUGGAUUGGAUCCCCUUUAUCCCUACGAGAGUCCUCAAAAAAAUGGCUUGGAGACCGCACUGUCAGAUGCAAUUUUGUAUACAGUACCUGCAAAAAGUUUUAUCCCCCCAGAAUCGGCAUCUAGCUCUGUCCAUUCCUUUUCUUCUGGAGGUUUUGAUGGCUUAAAUGGACGCAGCAAAUGUAAUGGUGCUGAUACUUUUCGUGUGAGUCUUUCAAGUGCUGUUAGCUCAUCGAGCCAUGGCUCUGGUCAUGAUGAUGGUGAUGCUCUAGGAGAUGUUUACAUUUGGGGGGAAGGCACAGGAGAUGGUAUUCUUGGCGGUGGAGCCUAUAGAAUUGAAAGUUCUUUGGGUGUGAAGUUGGACUCGUGUAGGCCUAAAACAUUGGACUCGGCUGUACUUCUUGAUGUUCAGAAUAUAGCAUGUGGUGGAAGGCACGCUGCCUUGGUGACAAAACAAGGAGAAGUUUUCACAUGGGGAGAAGAAUCAGGAGGCAGACUUGGUCAUGGUGUGGAUUCUGAUGUCUCACAUCCAAAGCUUGUCGAUGCUCUUAAGAGCACCAAUAUUGAACUUGUCGCUUGUGGAGAAAAUCAUUCCUGUGCUGUAUCACUUUCUGGUGAUUUGUACAUAUGGGGUGGCAGAAAAUACAGUUUUGGUCUUUCUGGACAAGGUGAUGAAAUGAGUCAUUGGAUCCCAAAGAGGUUGAUUGGACCAUUGGAAGGCAUACAUGUCUCAUCAAUUUCCUGUGGACCUUGGCAUACUGCCAUUGUAACCUCAGCUGGACAGCUGUUCACUUUUGGUGAUGGAACCUUUGGUGUCCUUGGCCAUGGGGAUCGUAAAAGUUUUUCUGCUCCAAGAGAAGUUGAAUCUCUAAAGGGCUUGCGAACGGUACGUGCAGCCUGUGGUGUGUGGCAUACUGCUGCAGUUGUUGAAGUUAUGGUGGGAAAUUCAAGUUCAAGCAAUUGCUCCUCAGGCAAAUUGUUCACUUGGGGCGAUGGGGAUAAGGGUCGCCUUGGACAUGGGGAUAAGGAAGCAAAACUUGUGCCUACCUGUGUUGCAGCCCUGGUUGAUCCCAAUUUUUGUCAGGUUGCCUGCGGCCAUAGCUUGACUGUCGCACUUACAACCACUGGCCAGGUUUACACAAUGGGUAGCCCCGUCUAUGGUCAAUUAGGAAAUCCUCAAGCAGAUGGGAAGCUACCUGUUCGAGUAGAUGGAAAGCUUGUAAAAAGCUUUGUCGAGGAGAUCUCUUGUGGGGCUUAUCAUGUUGCUGCUUUAACUUCAAGAACUGAAGUUUACACCUGGGGAAAGGGCGCAAAUGGUAGAUUAGGUCAUGGGGACACAGAUGACAAAAAUAGCCCGACAUUAGUUGAAGCAUUAAAAGACAAACAAGUCAAAAGUAUUGCAUGUGGAACAAAUUUUACUGCAGCUGUUUGUCUUCAUAAGUGGGUAUCAGGUGUUGAUCAGUCUCUGUGCUCUGGAUGCCGAGUAGCUUUCAAUUUCAAGAAAAAAAGACACAACUGCUACAAUUGUGGCCUUGUGUUUUGUCACUCAUGCAGCAGCAGAAAGUCCCUUAAGGCUUCAAUGGCACCUAAUCCUAAUAAACCUUAUCGUGUCUGUGAUAAUUGUUUUGGAAAACUAAGGAAAUCCAUAGAAAAUGACUCAUCUUCUAUCUCUUCUUUGAGUAGGAGAGGAAGUAUGAAUCAGCGAGGUAACCAGAACUUUGACAAUGAGGACAAAAAUGGUCCACAGGCCCUUGUGCCGCUAGGUAAGUAUUCUCCAAUGGACUCCUUCAAGGAAACAGAAAGUGUGUCUUACAAGAGGAACAAGAAAUUAGAAUUCAACAGCAGUCGUGUGUCCCCCCUUCCAAAUGGAUUUACUCAUUGGGGUGCACUUAGCACUUCCAAAUCUGGGUCAUCAAAGAAAUUUUUUUCCGCCUCUCUUCCUGGGUCACGCAUAGUUUCUCGAGCAACUUCACCAACAUCAAGACGUUCUAGCCCUCCUCGAGCUGCGACACCAAGUCCAACUAUGGUAGUACUUUCUUCACCAAACAAAGUUUUGGAUGAUGCUAAGAGGACCAACGAUCAUCUUAGUCAAGAAGUUCUGAAACUUAGAGCUCAGGUUGAAGAACUUACACGAAAAACACAAUUUCAAGAUGUUGAGCUGGAGAAAACUUCAAAACAGUUGAAGGAAGCUAUAGCAAUAGCAGGAGAAGAGACUGCAAAGUGCAAAGCUGCAAAGGAAGUAAUCAAGUCACUUACAGCACAAUUGAAGGAAAUGGCUGAGAGGUUACCUCUUGGAGCAGUAAGAAACAGCAAGGUGUCUGUACCAGGUUCCCCAGGGCCAAAUCUGUCAAAUGAUGUUUCAAAUGUAAUGGAUCGACUUAACAGUCCAGUGGCUGUUCAUGAAAUUGGUUUGAAUUGGUCAAAUCGUCAUGAUUCUUCAAAUGGAUCGACUACUCCCAGCAGUCGAGCCUCAAAUAACCUUGUAACAGGUCAGUUGGAGGCUUCAUGCAAAAAUAAGAACAGAACAUCUGAUAGCGAAGCUAAUUAUGGAUCUGAAUGGGUUGAACAAGACGAGCCUGGUGUGUACAUCACCCUUGUGUCAAUGCCUGACGGUAUUAAAGAUUUAAAACGCGUCCGCUUCAGUCGAAAGAGGUUUAGUGAAAAGGAAGCAGAGCAAUGGUGGGCUGCUAACCGAGCUCGAAUAUAUCAGCAGUAUGAUGUUCCCAUGGUUGACAAGGCUGGUAUUGGCAUUGGAAGGGAAGGCAUAGCACAUUGAUAGAGGAAGGCUCCGCUUAACCUUGACCCCAUAUGGCUGAAAAUCGGCAAGAUCAUAUAUCCUAUGAAAACAAGGAUUAAAGCUUCAGGAAUGCUUUGUGUUCCAAAUUUAGAUUUAGAAAUUUUAUAUUAGUAGAGCAAUUGGUCGACCAUGCUUAAUCCUUGUCAUUUGCCCUUUUCAUUUUUGCUCAUAACAAAGUGUGCUUUCCUUACUCUUUCUUCUUUUCUAGAGGGAGUUCAGGGUUGCUCAUCUUAAUGAUAGAAGGUAGAAAUUGUAUAUACUCGAGAGUAGGCUGUCAGUUUCGAAUAUGGGAUGCUAUUCUUGUAUAUUCAUUAGCCAAAUCAUAUUCAAAUUGUACAUCUAAUGUUGAAGAUUGGAUCAACUCUUUGAGCUCCAUUGUUCUUACCAUUCUCUCCAUCGCAUUCUUGAGGCUGCUGUACUUGGCGUUCUGCUGCAUAGCGCUGCUGAUGGAUUAUUGACAGCAUCAGCGUUGUGAUUCCAAUUAACUAGUUUUUGUAACAGCUAACCCAGAUCAUAUAUUGUUCAAAAUUUGUUGUCCAAGAAUAUGUUUCAACACAAUAUGAUAUGGGAAGGCAACUCUUAUAUUGGUUUUGAUGUUUCAA